UCCUCUCCACCGAGAAAAAAAAGAGAAAAGCUCGCUCGCAGUCAAAAACAAUGAGGGCGCACGACGCGCAACUCGCUCCAAAGCUCUCCAACAGCGGCGGAGUUUUUCCUCCCGGAGGAUUCGUAGCAUGCGUCUGUGCGCCAAGCGGAGGGAGAAGGACCACAGGAAUAUAACUUGACUAUCUGCGGAGUUUGUUAUCAUUAUUUUUUGGCUGGGGGAGUUAUCAUGCCUUUUUGCAAACGGACGGUACUUCCGAAAGAUGUGUGCAAGCCCGACGGCAGGAGGCUGCUGGAGGCGCGUCCGCGGCAGCAGGCGGAGAUUUUCGGGGACUUGGCGGACGUGUGCGGCUUCACCCUGUGCUCGGUGCUCCGGCAGCUCUCGGAUCUGUCCCGGCACUCGGUGAGCAUCCUGCAGGAGCUGGAGGGAGAGCUGGUGUCCGUGUGCCACCGGUCGGGCGCGCUGGAGGGCAGAGUGGUCCGGCUGCAGAGGCACGUCGCAGAGCUGGUCAGCAAGCCUCCACCGAGAACCACCAGCGGUCUAGAGGCGGAGAGCGGCAGGCGCGGCGGCAGCAGCAGCAGCCACGGCGACGGCAACCACAGCAGCAGCAGCGGCGGAGGAGGAGGCAGCAGCAGCAGCGGCGGUGCGGCCCACUUCAGGUCUCCAUGGCAACAGAGCGUGAACGUGUUCGGCUCGUGGAGCAGGCCGGAGUGUGUCGAGGAGCUGCACCAGCAGGCGCAGCUCAACCUCCAGAGCCUGCUGCAAGAUUUUGAGGAGCAGUUGUACGACACCAAGCUGACCGGUCAGACUUUCCGGCAUCCAUCCUCGCAGAGCUCCGACGACACGUCCACCUCGCUCAGCCGAUCGCCCAUCUCCCUCAACAACAAGAGACCUGACUUCAUCUUCCUGCCGGCGUCCAAACAGCUCUACGACGAUGAAACCACCUCCUCAGUGUUUGGACUGAGGUCCGUGACCGACCCGUCUCCCUCCCCGUCCCCGUCACCCUGCGGCUCUGAUCGCCCCCCGCUGGGUUGGAGUAGUAACAACAGCAGCUGCAGCACCGCCACUUCUGUUACCACCGGACCGCCUGUUGCAGACAAACCACGCUGGCAGCUCGGGAGACGCACACCGGGUCACUUCUUACCACUCGACAUCACAGGUGAAGGGAGAGGAGGGAAGUUCCACGGUGUCGACCUCCUCCAGCACUCCCCGUCCCCAUCCCCCUCUCCAGGGGACCCCUUCCCCCACCAGCCCCGCUCCCUAGAGCCUGUCACAGACACCCUCCACCAGAACCUCCCCCUGAGGAAGACACACUCUGACCUCGACACAUCCUUACCUGCAGAUAACAAUUUGGAGCAUAGUGCUCCGGACCAGUUUCACCCAGGAACUAUGGACCACUCUGGGCUGCUGUGCUCAAACACACCGUCCGCUUCCUGGAACGGACCUAAGGGCUCCACUUUUUCUCCUGGAGUGUGGAACGAACCUUACAAAUACAGCACCAACAAAGGCCCAGCGGUCCCACCCAAACAGCACACCAUCAUCGGUAAUUCAGGAGGAGGGACGCAAGACGGGGUGAUGUUAGUGAGCUCAGGACAGCCAGCGAGCUCACAUUCCAGUUCAUUCACGUCUGUGUCGAACCCUUCUGGGAGAGGAGGGAAUAACAUACCAGGGAUUUCACUGGCAACAGCGAUGAUGGGGAAGCGGAGCGAGACGGAAGGGGCUGCAGCGGAUGGAGGGAGGGGAGGAGGAGGUGGGGGAGUUGGGGAAGCAGUGAGAGGGCGGGAGAGGUCGGCACGUUCCAUAGCAGCGGCAAACGCCUUCAAGUUCCGGGAGCGUUCCCUUUCUACGCCCACGGAUUCUGGUUCCUUCUGCUUUACAGAAGGUGGUUUAGGCCAGCCAGACGGGAACAUCCUGCUUACAGGAAAUGGUAAUGCUAUGGCAAUAACAGACCAACAACAGCAUCAUAACUUCCUUGGUUUGGGUGAGAACUACGCCCUUCUCUACCCUCGAGGGAGCUCUGAGGACAGUGCCAGCACCACAGACACAAUCUCUGUCACGGCUUCAGACUACAGUGCCGAUGGCCGCUUGCGCCUACGCUCCCGCUCAAUAUCACUUAAGAAAUCCAAGCGCAAGCCACCACCCCCUGUGAGGAGCGUCUCUCUUAUGAAGAACCUCGGAGAAGCUGAGGGGAGAAUCCAUCAUGAAGGCAGUCUUUACCGGGAUGGCCGGCCAAAAAGCCUACACAUUCCCAGGGACCACUUUCCAGACUUCCAGCCUGAUUUCCUCCUGCCCAGCUCCUCCAAACCCAUUGUUGCUGAGCGGGAGCUGGGCCAUGGAGGUACUGAUGGACCUCCAAGCCUGGAGGUCCAGGCACCAGAGAGGGAGGGAGAGACAGAGCUGACCUUCCCCACUCACUGGCAGCUAGGGGAGUGGAAGAAUGACCCUUACAGAUCUCUUUCAGGCUCCAGCACAGCAACAGGUACCACAGUGAUUGAAUGUAUGAAAGUCAGAGGCAGCUCAGAGUCCCUGCUCGAUUCUCCCGCCACCUCCCGAGCCACCUCACCCUCACAGCUCUCCAUGGAAACAGACAUCAAGGCUUCCUCACCCUUUAGACCCCCAGGACUCAUGUCCCCAUCAAGUGGCUAUUCCAGCCAGUCAGAGACUCCCACCCCAACUGUUCCCCUCAGUCAAAUGGCAGGUCAGGGGACAGUAGGGACAACAGGAACAUUGGGAUGUAAGUUGCGUCCGAAGAUCCCAGAAAGAAAAUCAUCACUACCAUCGCCCAAGGACCCGGCUGCAAGGUCUAGGUUGUCCUUUGAGAUGCCUGGGAAUGCACAUCUGGAGCUGUCAUCAAUCAAGCCAAAGCAAAAGGCCAGCAGACGACAUUCUGACACUUCGACGGCGGCAAAACCAGGAAAAAUCAGCCCCAGCUCCUCACAGGCACUGCCUGUUGUCACCCAGAAUGAGCUCAAGACUGUUCGGCUUCGUUCAGUCUCUCGUGGUGACUUGGAGGACUGCCCUGAUGGGGCAUCUGACACCAUAGAAGAAGAACAGCAUAACCGAGACCUAGGCGAGGAUCCCAGUCCGCCACCCACCCUCCCAAAACCCAAACCACCCGUCGCCAUCAAGCCCCCAUUACCCAAACGACCCCUAAACCUCCUGCUCAAGUCUCCUUCCCCCUCCUCCACCUCUCCUCUAGCCCUUGACUCACCUCCUGCCUCACCUGUGGACAGACCAGUGCCCCUGGGCAACAUCUACAAAGUCAUGAAAAAACCCAAACCCAAAAAACCUCCACCACAAACAACAAGUCCCUCUGGUCUCCCAGAUUCUACCACCAUUCCACAAACUGCCUAUGAUCAUCAUUUCCUCCCCCACUCCCAGUCCCUCUUUGAUCUCCCUCCUCUUCCAGACCCACAGCCUCUCCUGGAAGACCCAGCACUGGAGCCUGAGUUUGAUGUCGACCCAGAGAUCCGUUCUGGGGAAGGAGGCUCACUCCCCUCUCCCUGUAGUAACCAGGAGGCCCCGGAGCUACAGGACAAGAGCAAGACCCUCCCCUCGAGGAUGACAAUCUCCUGUCUGGCAGAGCUGUCAGACAAAAAGAAACCCAAGGUUCCACCUCCAGUCCCCAAGAAGCCGAAUGUCCUGCUUCUUCCCUCGUCGGUCCACUCCACCAAUGGCAGCACAGAACGUCAGACCCCACAGGCUGAAAGCCCUGUGGGUCUUCCGUCUCCUGUAGGAGCAUUCCCACCAGAAGAGUUACCCGGCUCUCCCAGUGUUCCUGAUAUGCUAGAGCAAGAUGAGAACCACUUGGAUGACAAGUCAGAAGAGGAGAGUUCAAAAGAGUCAUCACUUCAGUCAUCUCUGCAGGAUUCCUCCCUCACAGAGCUGGGAGGGAAAAUGGCCAGCACUGGGAUUGGGGCAGAUGACUCAACAGCCAAUGAGAAGACGGUACUCCACAUCGCCGAGGAAACAGACGACGACUUGUUGGCCAGCACACCUGCAACGCACACCACCGAAGACCUGUUCACUAUUAUUCACAGGUCCAAGCGAAAGGUUCUGGGACGUAAAGAGCCAACAGACUCCUUUGGCAGCCGCCAGAGCCUGGUGUCCCCGGUGAAGCACAGCACCAGCGGUAGCGACCUCCGAAAUCUGACCUUAGGCAGCAGUCAGAGGUCGAGCUCCCGCAAUGAGAACUUCAUGGCCCUGCUCCAGAAGAAAGGCAGCAAGUCUUCCAGCGGAGGAGCCAGAGUCUCCGCCAUGGAGCUUCUCAAAAGCACAAACCCGCUGGCGCGACGGGUCACAGAGUUUUCAAACACCACGUCGACGACUGGCGAGGGAGGAGACGUCGCAUCCGGGAAUGGCAAACCCAACGAUCAAUGAACGGAAGUGUUGUCAACGGAUGUUAACCAGGUCCGUUUGCUGUUGACAAAGCUACCAACCAAUUCUACAAUGUGCCACCCACUGCAGAUGGGGCCUUCUGACUCACAUGUCCAACUGGAUUGCUCCAACUACUGAUUGACCAUUUGCACUGUCCAAUCAAAUUGGAGCACAUAUUUGGACAAAAUGGUCCCUCCCAUGGUUGAAGCACUAUUGUUCCCUGUCAAACUGGUCCCUCUAGGAGAGCGAGAAAUCUGUGGAGAGCAAAGUUCAUUCUCACUAUAUUUUCACUGAAAGUUGGAGGCUUUAGGGUUACGUUUCAACACUGCUCCGUGUUUUCCUCAUUGGGGAUAAGUUCAGUGUGGAUGCUGGAUGCACAGAUGGAUGGGUGGAGUAGACACAGGAAAUAUAGGGAUAUACAGUGGAUAUCUUUACUCCUGACUCCUGAAUGAAGACAACAGUCCCUGAUGACAACAAUGGUCAUAUAAAUGAAUCUGUAACCAGUUAUACUGAUCCACAAGGAUACCACAGAGGAUCAGUGAUCAAAUGAAUUCAAGAAAUGAAUGGAAUAAAAUUCAGAAGAUGCAAGACCUCCUAAUGAUUCGUCUACGGUUUAACCGAAACCCUCCAACCAGUAGCGCUACAGCACCCACACCUGUAGACCUACGCGAAUAUAAGGAUAAGUUAUUAAAGGUGCGAUGAUGCAUCUGAAAGAGCAAGCAUGCCCAAAACGUUGGGCAUCAUAACUCUUGUUCUCUCUAUGGUAAAGGCAAUACCAUAGCAGGCAUCAGCAUUGUCAGAAAACUGAACAUUCUGAUCUGAGCGGAUGAAGCGCAGGGUUUACAAAGAAAAACCACAUGGGGGCUUUUUGCCACCAAAGAUGAGGCAUGAGCAUGUCACAGAUUUUGUCGCUCAUGCGAUGAACACGAACCUUCAUAAAACAUUCCACAGAAGCACCUAGCAAAUGGACGGCAAUUUGGAACGCAAGCACUUUUCUUUUUCCGUGGCAUCGGAGGUCAUUUCGAUGGCGCACCCUUUGCGUCGCUACAUUUUUUGCCUCUCAUCAAUCAUUAUUUUUCCAGUCUUUUUUACAUUUUUGUUUUCUUAUAUUUUUCCUACACAUGCUAGAUGGCCAUAUUCUGUACAUGUUUCAUUAGACUGUUCUGUAUGUAUCAUGUACAAAGAUAAAUGUAACACAUCUAUCAACGGAUAUCAUUUGCAGACACAAAGACUAAAAAUAGUGUACAGAGCAGCAAGCAGCUUGGACUUCAAACUGCCCACACCAUGGAGGGAAAACACACUCAAGCACACACACACACGCACACACACACACACAGACUAAGGAGUAACGCCAUGGAAGACAAACAGAACAGACCGGAACAGUGUGUGUGUUCAUACGAGUGUGUGCGCAGAUGAAAUCUUGCCUGUGGAGUUUCUGUACGGAGAGCAUGAAGCAGGCCUGGUUAUUAAACAGGGUUUUUAUUCAUUUUGGUCUCUGGUGACGGGACCAAAGGACUGUUAAAAACUACAAACAGACCAGAGGGGACCUAGCGGUGUGUAUGUGUGUGUGUGUGUGUGCUUGUGUGUGUUUGUGUGCUUGUGUGUGUUCAUGUGCAUGUAUAGAGGGAAGUGCCAAGAACAAGACAGAGAAGAAAGAGAAAGAGAGAGUGCACGUACAUGUGCCUGUUUAUGUGUUUGGCAUUUUUGUGUGUGUGUCCUCACUACGUGUGCAUAUUUGUGUGUGAAUGUGUGUGUGUGUGUGUGUGUGUGUCCUGUCACCCCGCAAUCUUUCCUUGGGAUAGGAUUAGAAUGACCUAAGCAGACCCCCUUAAACCAUACAUUACAGAACCAUAAGGAUUUCGGAACCAGAAGGGAUUCCGCAACCAAUAGGUUUCUGGAAUCAAGAGGAUUGAGAACCAGUGCAUUAGAGAAGGAAAAAGGAUUCCAGAACCCAAAGGAUUCUGGAAAAACUGGCAGAGUUUGGAAUUCGGGAAUGAGGGAGUCUUGUGAUGAUAGAACCACCUGGUCAUAACAGCACCAAUCUUGGAACACAAUCUGAGGUUCAGACCUAGGUUUGAAAAUGAUUUAGCAUAUGGGGGUAAGCGCCAAUAUUCCAUUGAUUCCGGUGUAGCCAGCGAUAUCUGGAUAUUCAGGCCAAGACUUCGUCAUUGUCUACUGUAGGGAUGCACGACGAUAUAUCGGCACUUGAUUGGUAUCCGCCGAUACGGAUACGGUAUUUUGCACAAUGAAUGACUAUUACAUACAUUGAAAAGCAUUCUAUUUCAUGUCUCCAUCUGCUGGUGGGCCAUCAUGAGUAUCAAGAGUCAUCAAGAGUAUGCAUGAAUAUUAUGAUGUUAAUUCCACUACAGAAGAGACUUGAUGAUAGAAAUAUUGGUCUCAGUUAUUGGUCAAAUGAGUUGUUACAUAUAGGCAUAUCGGAUAUAUAUCAUGCAUCCCUAGUUUACAGUCCGACUGGCAACAUGAGAUGCUAUAUAAAGAGAGUCAUGGCACUCUGUAAAUGGAUAUCUACAUGUGAUUAAUUAAAGGCUAAAUUGUCUUCGCACAAUAACUGGUGUAUUUCAAGAUGAUGCCAUUCCAUUGUUCAGACUGCCCAAAAUUCCGAAUCCCCAUUAGUCUUAAGAAGGUCCCACUGGACUGAAAGCCUAUUUCUCCAACAGCCUGUUAUCCCAAAAACAAACGCCCAUUGCUCAAAAGUCCUGUUUCUCCAACAAUGCACACUCCCUGCAGUUAGUUUCAGUUUCUCAAUAGUGUUCUAGCCACCAAUUCUGAGUGUUUUUAUCAACCCUUUGUGUAUUUGGGCCACCUAUCCCAGGUCUUCUACCUACCCUUUGUGGCAUUUCCUAGUCCACCGAACCCGAUUUUCUGCCACUUAAUGUGGGUGCUUCAAAUCAAUACAGGAUCUUUUCCUAACCUUAAACAAGUGGACUUUGUGCCCAAACCUACCCACACAUUCACCACAAUGUCGUUAAGAUACCUUAAGUUUCAGCGUACCUGCUACAAAAUACUGUACAAAUGUACAAGUCUAACAUUUUUUCUGGUGAUUGGGUUGUCUAGCUACAGGCAGUGUGUAUUUUUGGAGAAACUAAACUUCUUCGGAGUCAUGGGUGUUUGUUUUUUGGAUAACGCGCUUUCAGCAAAAUGGGCUUUCAGUUCAAUGGGAAAUUUUUUGGGGCAGUCGGAACAAUGGGCAGUCCCCUGUGAGACUGCGUUUCGGCUAAUGCGUUCCGCCUCUCCACAGGAUCUGUUUCCCAGCAUCCAAGCAAAGCCCACUCAGAUGUGAUAUGUCAGUACUCUCCAGACUUCAAACCACCGCAAAUGGAAACCAGAACAUUUCUGAUACCAAAAUCUUGUCCUGUUGUCAACAGAUUCUGCAUUAAUAUGCAGAUAUCUGUUUAUAGAGAUUCCUACAGCUCUAGCCAGAGAAUCCGUCUGUCUGCACUGUCGCAGAGUGACAUUACAGGAAUAGUUUGUUUGUUUUGCCCUCCUCCGUGCACGUUUUUCACACUCUGUAUCUUUCGUCUCGGAGGUGAGGUGGUGGUCUGCGAUGCCCUCCUCCUCCUCCUCCUCCUCCUUCUCCUCCACCUUUCCACUCGUUCCUCUCCUCCUUUCAUCGCUGCUGGAGAACACACUCCAUCUGUCUCUCUGCAUAUAGCAUCAUCUCUCUUUUUCUCUCCUAUAAUCACUCUUCUUUUGGCACAUACAGUAGCACACUCCGUCUCUCUCCUCGCCUAUAUACUGCAACCUCUCUCUGUUUUUACACGUAGCACCGCCUCUCUAUCCUUUCCUCUUUUAACCUUCUCUCCAUCCUCUCCUCCCUCCCUGACCCUCCCCCAUUUUCUGUUAACCUUCCCCUGUCUCUCCCAUCUCUCUUCUCUCUCUUCCCUCUCUCUGCAUUCAGUCUAUGCAUCUGAGCUCGGCAGACGACACGACACCGGAUGAAUGUCAAUGAAUGACUGUUAAGAAAAUAGAUGCUGUGCUUAGUUUGAGAGUGCAAAAACAAACAUCUUUCUGUCAGCGCUUAUCUUCUGCCUUCUCUCUUUCUUGCUCUGAGUUUUUAUACUUUUUUCCUUUUGAGUGUAACAUGGAUUUAACAUGGGUGAAUGGAUGGGAUCUGUGCGCAAACACAGAAACAGGCAGGGUUUGAAUGUGUUUUUGCAUAAAGGACCUUUACUUUCGGACUGUGAACGAAACACCCUGUGGUAUUUAACCCCCGACCGACCCUCAGUUCUGGAUCAGCGUGUGGAUGGUCUGAGAAUUUUGGAUUAGCAGUGGUUCAGCUCUAACACCUGACUUAUCCCCUGCAUGGAUGGACCGUGUGGAGGGAGGAAGGAAACUAUCCCUCGGUGCUAUUGAGUCAGAGCUCCCCCUAGUGGAUGGAAAAGGAGGAACCACACAUAGCAGGAGAGUUUAAAAAAAAAACUCCUUCACACGCAUCUCUCUUCCCUACAACAGUCCUUCAGGUAUUCCAUCAUCCUGAAAAAGAGACGACGAUUUUAAAAAUGCAUAAAUUAUCACCAUUUAUGAUGACUAGUCAAGUGACGCUUGUUUUAAAUAUUUAGUGAAUGAAAAAAGAUAAACCUAUAAAACUCUG